GCGUUAUAAAGCAUUCCUUUUAAUUUAUUGUUUCAUAUAAUUCAAAUUUCCAUAUAGUAACAGUUUGAUGUGGACUAAUUCGAAAUGAUCAUCUAUUCCUAAAGCUUUUAUGAGAAAAGAAUGUUGUUGAAAGGUUUCUUGAGAUAUAAAAAACCGUACCGUUCGUUCUCCGCCCUUCUUUUACUUUUACCAGCAGCGAAGAAAGAUUGUGCGCGUUUAACUUGCAACUAUUGUUAAUUUUAUUGUAAUUUAGUUAAUAAUAAAUGAAUUAGUUAAGUGAAGAUCAAGUGUUUAUGAUCUAAUACGUGGUGGAUAGAACAUCAAUCCUCAACAGCAGCUUCUAGAGACGGGAAAUAAAUCCAUUUUGUGGAAGUGAGGUUAAGAGACCCUUCCGGACAGCUUCAGAAGAAUAGUUGCAGCGGGUUGAUAGCUCAUUAAGAACUGUCUACAUAAUCUCUUCACACCUAAAGGGACACAUCAAAACAUAAGGGGGAAAAUUUUUGAUCCUCUCUCGCCAGAUUUAUGAUUUUCCCACAUUUUCCCUUUCAUAGGUUUGUACAACAUCGUACAUUUUUGAUCCUCUCUCGCCAGAUUUAUGAUUUUCCCACAUUUUCCCUUUCAUAGGUAAGCCAAGAAGCUUCCAAACCGUUUUCCUGAGCGGCUUAUAUAAUUUUCCUUCAUUAAUAUAUUUUAAGGUGAGACAAGGACAGAGAUAGAAGUCAAGGGGCAUUAAAAUAAUAUUUCCGCAUAUUCAUUUUCUUUAAGGUUUGUACAACAUCGUACAUUUUUGGUCCUUCUCCCUCUUCAUCCGGAGAGGGGAAUCAGCGCAAUUUGGGUCAACUUGAGUCUCCGAGAAGUCUGUGAUCCAUCCAAUCUACGGUGUCUGUAGCGGUAUCUCCAACGGGACUUUAUCAAUUCCCAAAUGCCUUUGUCUCGCUGCACAAUGAUGACUGCAAAACGAGAUGCCAUACUUUCAGCAAUGAAGAGAGUUGAGGACUACGUGUAUGACAUCACUGAAGAUGACCUCUCUCUCCUUGACUAUGGCGCACUCCAAUCCCAGCUGGUCUUAGUCGAAUCUUUACGAGCCAAUUACCAACUACUACAAGAGCAGAUCAUUGCCUUCCAGACCACCGAGAUGAAGAAGGAAAUUGAAGUCUCGAGCAAAACCGCCUUCCAUAAUCGAUGUUUUGUGCUUAUCGAUUCCAUUGAAGAAAUCAUGGGGUACCUGCCAGCAUCGUCCAUUGACUUGAAGACAUCCGAGACACAAACUAAUGUCCACAGCCUCAUCCAAGAGCUAAAGCAGCAAGGCAACGAGCAGCUACGUCAGAGCCAACUACAAUUUCAGCGGCUCAUGUCAGCGCUCUCAAUCACCGCAAGUAGCUCUAAUAUUGUAACUGAUCUCGCUGUCAAUUCAAAUAAGCUCCUUCAGAGCACAAGCCAAACUUUUAAUGUCAGUUCCUCCACCCCACUCGCUAACCAGCGCUUAACCCAUAACAAUUCUGAGUCUCCUGUGCCAAUUUCUGCCAUUACCUCUACUGACUGCGAAGCAUCCUUUAUUCAGUACGCGUUGCAUUGUUCAGAUUCAGACCCUGGGACCCAAGGGGGGAGAGAAUGUGACAAAGACUCCACACCAGCGGAAUUAGAGAAUUUCCCACCAUGCCUCAAUGCCUCAAGUUUUACCACCACGAUAUUGGAUUCUUCACUAAUCAAUCCCAUUGCACAAUCUUCAAUUUAUCAACAAUCCAAUGAGCUAUCAAACUAUAGAGAAGCCUCUGCACCAUCAAAUAGCGAAUGGUGCUUCAAAUUGUCUCAUCCUUUGCAUAGAUGCCAUGAAUUUCCUUUACCAUAUGCAAGUGAGGGACUUGAAUCCUCGGAAGAAUUGUGUUCAUGUCAAAAUAGCCUACCACCUAAUCUCUCAGAUAGCUACACUGUACCACAGUGUAGACAAUGCCAGGCGCGACAUGACAGCCUAUGCCACUCCAUGCUCUUGGAAGAACCUACUGUCAGUUAUUUGAUGCCUUCUUCGCUUGCCAAUUGCACGGUUUCUAAUCAACUACCUCCAGUAUUUGAACAUCCGCCUACUACUCAUUCUCGAUGUCCUUCCGUAACUCUGCCUGCCUCAUCCACUCAUUCUGAUUGCCUUCUACUGUAUACUGCCUCUUUAGCAACAGAUCUUGUGGACUUUUUUACUGGAAGCCGAGAAAGAGACCUCUUUUGCGAGAUGACAAGCCUGGACCAUGAUGUCAGCGAUGAUAUUGCCAAAUUGCCGGCUCCUCCUUCAUUACUGACUCCUGCAUCUUUAGCCCAAUCAUCAUUGAUUUCUGACAAUCCGCUAGCCUCAUGGAUUCUGCGUUCUCCGGUGGUCUCCAACUUGCCUUAUACCCUUGCUAGUCACAGUAUCCAAUCUAAUCAUUUCCACGUGACAGCCUGGGUGAAUUUUCUCACAGGGAGCUCCGAUAUUAUUCCACUGAGAGCUAUGCUGGACUGCGACAUUGAAAAUAAUUUUUUCAUUGUCAUUCCGAGUCAGAAAUCUCUUCCUCUGAACUAUAAGCCGUUCAUUUUGGGCAAGGAAAUCUACUUCCAACCAAUCUGGUCCUCCAUAUUGGACCAAUGCACCGUGCCUGAACAAUUAAGUGCGUUUCCGGAUAGGACAACGUAUGAAGAUUCAAUGCAUGCCUUCUCUGAUGUCAAGACGUUGCCAUUCUAUUACGACAUUCAGAGACUCCGCAAUCCAUCAUUAUGUGAGAUUGCCAGCCAGAAAAACCAUCCAUCAGGAAGAUAUAACUCCAAAUUUAUGCUAUCAAUCGAUCACGAGGUCAUCUGUGGGCACAUAACUACAGGAAAACACACUUCUCUGCUUCUACAUGUUUUCCUAAAAUCCCACGUCCCAUCUGUCGAUAAAUCUGCCUUCCAUUUUCGAGAGAGUGUGGACAUGCCUACAAUUUCUAAGUUUUUUCUCCACCCGAAUUUAUCCGGAGAUGUUAACCGGACAGUUUUUGGAGAAUUCGUUAUACUGAAAAGAAUUAUUCCGUUGCAAAACGCAACUCGUUCACCAUUUCAUAAAUCGUUGCUUGAAGCAAUCGCAAUCAAACAUCCUUGGGAAUAUACAUUCAAGUUAACUAUGAAAUGCUCUUCUCAUAUAUUCAAUUCAAAGUCAGCCAUUGCUGCUUCAUAUUACAUUAUGCUCAAGGACGUUAUCCAUAAUCCCAUGGACAAGACAAUUAGCUUAAUCGACCACAGAGCAAUUACAAUUGGAAAUCUCAGAAGAGGAAUUGGAACUCCUUCUCAGUUCACGGAGAGCUGCUAUGAUCCAGGACCCUCGUUGGACUCGAGGACUUCUAUGAAAGUCUCGAAUGAUCCGUGUGACGUUAUUGAGAAUCUUAACCAUCAGAAAACCUUCAAUAUUUUGGUGCAUCGUUGGAUUUUCUAUUGUUGGAUUUCUAUCAUUGGAUCAUUGACCAUCGCCCAUUGCAUUGGAUUUCAACGUUCCCAUAUCUUUUUCGGUGCAUCACGGAUAUAAGGAAGUCACCAUAGAAUUUGUCACAAUCCCCAAAUUCUCUCUCGGAUCCCAGCGUAUCUGGAUUUUUUCCAUGGCCAUUAAUUGAACCCCUAGAAUCUCUUGUUAAAUCAGUAAAAAAAAAGGGGUCUCAAUCUUUGGCUUCUCUCCUCUACGCUAAUUAUAUUUGAACACACAUUUCCGAUAAGAUUCCUGGCAAUGUUUAUUCCUAAUGCUGGUCAUCCGGGGAGAUUAGCUCAACCUCUGCAAAAUAGGAAGCUCGAUUCUCCUUUUAAUGAUAGGACAAUUGUAGAAUUCCGAAACGAAUGUAGAAUAAUUCAAUUUUCCAGCCAUUACCAAGUACAGUCCAUUUUUUUCCAAUUUCAUAAUAAAUAGCUAAAAUCUUCUGAACUCAUAAACCAAUUAAGGUUUUCGAGUUCAGACCGGGGAGCAUGUUCACGCACGAACGUGAAGUUGAAAAGCGUUAUAAAGCAUUCCUUUUAAUUUAUUGUUUCAUAUAAUUCAAAUUUCCAUAUAGUAACAGUUUGAUGUGGACUAAUUCGAAAUGAUCAUCUAUUCCUAAAGCUUUUAUGAGAAAAGAAUGUUGUUGAAAGGUUUCUUGAGAUAUAAAAAACCGUACCGUUCGUUCUCCGCCCUUCUUUUACUUUUACCAGCAGCGAAGAAAGAUUGUGCGCGUUUAACUUGCAACUAUUGUUAAUUUUAUUGUAAUUUAGUUAAUAAUAAAUGAAUUAGUUAAGUGAA